AUGAUCGGACACGCCUCGGGGAUGUUGGGGGAGGACGGAAUCCACGUCGACAUGAACCAUCUGAAGAAGGGCGAAGUCAACCUGGGCACAUCAAUCAUGGCUAUCAACUUCAAAGACGGCGUCAUCCUAGGCGCGGACAGCAGAACCACCACUGGUGCAUACAUCGCGAACAGAGUUACAGACAAGCUCACGCAAGUACAUGACACCAUCUGGUGUUGUCGAUCAGGAUCUGCGGCGGACACUCAGGCUGUGGCAGACAUUGUUCAGUAUCACCUCUCAAUGUACGGUAUCACCAACGACGAGCGGCCAACUACCUCAACCGCAGCUGCGCUGUUCCAGGAGCUCUGCUACGACAACAAAGACAUGCUGAGUGCUGGAAUGAUCAUUGCAGGCUAUGACCAGCGACACGGCGGUCAAGUAUACUCGAUACCUCUGGGCGGCUCCCUCCACAAACAAAAGUAUGCCAUUGGCGGCUCCGGCUCAACAUACAUUUACGGAUACUGUGAUGCAAAUUGGCAGGAGGAUAUGACUGAGGAGCAAGGUGUGGCGUUCGUCAAGGGAGCGCUGGCAGAAGCAAUCAAGUGGGAUGGAAGCUCAGGCGGUGUCAUUCGCAUGGUGGUGCUUACCAACAAGGGUGCGCAGAGGCAUCUCUACCUACCUGAUGUUGGCUACAAGGGCCCAGGGAAGCAAUAG